AUGUCAGCAAACGAACAAGGAACUGGAACUCCAGGUAGUUCGGAUCAGAUAGGUAACACUGAUCUUUCAAGGUCAAUUCAAAACCCAAGUCAGGUCCAAUCUGCAUUUGGCCAAUCGAAAUUCGCCUCAGAUAAGGAGCAAAACACUACAGAGGGUACGCAGCAAGAUGAGGAGGACAAAAAGAUUGCGGAGCUUCGAAAGCAAAUGGAACAAAUGGAACAGGAAGCGGGAAAACUUCGAGAAAUGCAGAAAACCAUAUCGGCAGAACCAUCAAACCAGCAAAGCCAAACGUUUCCAGGUGGGGAGAAUGGAAACCAAGUUACAGAUGCGAAUGGAGAACCAUUGCAUCUGGAUAUUGAGCAGAGAAGGGAAAUAGAUAGUCGAUCCGUGUUUGUUGGAAAUGUGGAUUUCACAACUACUCCAGAGGAGCUCGAAAAGUACUUUGAACCAUGUGGAGUUGUGAACAGGAUUACAAUUCCUACAAAUAAGUUUACGGGGAACCCGAAGGGAUAUGCGUACGUGGAGUUUAGCACAACACAGCCAAUUGCAAACGCUUUACAGUUAAAUGAAUCACUCUUUAAGGGUCGGAUGCUAAAGGUGACGGAAAAACGUACAAACCUUCCUGGUUUCUCAAAGAGAGGUCACAGAGGACGUGGGGGAAGAGGAAGAGGAUUCAGGGGCCGUUUCAGAGGAAGAGCACGUGGAAGAGGUGGAUUUAAGCCUUAUUAA